CUCUGGUGCUUUGUGUUGAUGGUUUUGAGGGCAAUUGUGUGAAGAAAAGGGUUAAAUCAAUUGUAAAGAAAAAGAAAUCGGGGAGAGAGAAGCAAAAGACCGAGGAAGCUUGUUUCCGAAAAAUUGCGAGCCCUCGUGUCGCUUCCUAGGAGAAGGCGAAGGUCAGGAAGAAGAGCUCAAUCGAUUCGUGCCACGGAAAAAGGGGGCCAAACAGGAAUUAUCGCAGAGGAGAAUCAGCGAAAAUCCGCUUGUCUUUUUGGCUUCGGGAUCUGUUAUCUUGUAGUCUCCGAUCACAACCUAACCCUUUCGAUAGGGCAGCCGAUUGGGUUCUCAUGUUCUCCUUCACACACUACUCCCCUUAGCAACAAAGAAAGUGGAUAAGGAUGAAUGCACAGGCACAUAUGUCUGGACAUAUCUCCGGGCAGGUGCCUAAUCAAGCAAGUCAGCAAUUUUCUGGUCUGCCCCAACAAAUGAGCACUUCGCUACCUUCUCAGAUACAAAAUUUUGGCGGACAUAGCAUGGACCCUGAACUCUAUGCAAGACGCCGGGACGUGCAAGAAUACAUUUUCAAACGUCUUCAGAAGAGGAGUAAUAGCGCGCCCGGAGAGUUUGUGCCAAAAUUGUCAGAAAUUGCAAAGAGGUUGGAGGAGUAUAUAUACAGAGAUGCUGCUUCAAAGGAAGAUUACAUUAACAUGAAUGCACCUACAAUAGAUCAACGAUUGCAAAGUCUAGUAAAGACGACAACUAACAACAGCCAGCUCAAUUCUCACCAUUUUCCUUCAUCCUCUGCUGUUGGCACGAUGAUUCCAACACCUGGUAUGGCCCAGAUUAGUAGCACAAAUUCCAUGGUUGGUCCGGCAGAAAAUGUCAUGAAUGCCAGCAAUGCUGCUGCUAUGGUGGUGCAAACUACAAGCAACACAGGGAACUUGCUACCAAUUGCAAAUGGAUUAGGUGGUGUUGGAAAUGCCACCAGCUUCAAUAUGUCUGACGGACAAGUUCCUAAUGGAUAUCGAAAGAUGACAUCAAAUGCUUCGCUUGGCUCUGGAGUGACCAAUACCAUGUCAUCUGUUGUACCACAACCACCAAGCCAAAUGAUCCCAACCCCUGGGUUGAAUAAUUUUAAGCCAACUGCUGUAAAUCCAGAUUUUUCUAAUUCAGGUGGGCUCUUGGUCACUGAAUCUAGUAUGGUUUCACAACAGCUUCAACAUAAACACUAUGGUGGGAGUCAAGCAAGCCAUAUCUUUCAUAGUCCUGGAGCCCAGAUGGGUGGUAGGAUGAGACCAAGUAUGCCGAAACCUUCACCCUAUGGGUUUCCAAAUGGUCAUUUGAAUGGCGGUUUAGGAUUAACCGGAGCUAAGCAACUGGUGAAUGGACCUGCGGCAUCAGAGGGAUACUUAAGUGCUGUGUCUUAUGGUAGUUCUCCAAAACCUUUACAGGAGCACUUUGAUCAGCAACAUCACCAACCAAUUCUACCAGCAUCAUUACCCUCACAAACAUUAUCUAUGAGUGGUGAUGGAUAUGCUAUGACUUCUGUUGAUGUAUCAGGCUCAGGAAACUUGUAUGGGCAAGUGCCAUCUGCAAUCAAUCACCAGAAUGCUAAUUCUGCAAGCUUGAAUCCUAAAUCAAAAAUUACUCCGGUAGCACAGAGCAACAAUGUGAGUUUGCAGUCAAUGCAACAGAUCACAAAACCUCAAAUACUUGAUCAAUCACAAAGUAUGGAUUUCCAAACACCUCAGUCAAUUAGGGAGCAUUUGGUUCAAUCACAACAUCAGUUACAAAAUCUUCAACAUCAACAAUUUCAGCAACAAUCUAGCCAACCAUAUUCAAAUAUCAUGCAAAACCAGCAACAAAAUCAGCAGCAGCAACAACAAGGACCACAGCACGAACAACUUAUGGCAAAGACUGAUUUCUUGAGGCAGUCUUUAGUGAUUUCUAACCUUGGAGGACAGCUGGCAUCUGAUCAUGGUAAUGAAUCCCACAAUGAAUUAUUGCUAAGUCAAACUGCAGAACAGUUUCAGCUUUCAGAGUUACAAAAUCAUUGGCCACAGAGGUCAUCAGUUAACAACCAUUCAGGGAGUGGUCAAUCACAUGGCCAGUUAUCUAGCUCUCAUUAUUUUCAGCAAUCAUUGCACAAUCCUUUCCCUUUGCAUCAACAAACAUCUGAAUUUCAGAAUGACUUGAAUUGCCUGACAAAUGGAUCAGAAUCUGAUUCACUCCUGCAAAGUCAUUGGCAUUCUCAUCCAUCACAGAAAUCCCAUAUAUUGGAAAGGUCUUCACUAGAUCAACAGAUCAAGGAGGAAUUUAACCAAAGAAUAGCUGGACAGGGUGAAUCCCAACAAUCUUAUAAUAUCUUGGAUGGAUUUAUAUCUUGUUCUGAUGGCCCUACAAAAGUUGCUGCGGUGCAACAAUCUUCAAGCUCACUUGCUUCUGGACUCGGAAACUCAAAGCGUGAACAGGAUUAUUAUAACCAACAGAGGUGGUUGUUGUUUUUGUUCCAUGCAAGUAGAUGCCCAGCGCCAAAGGGUGCAUGCAAAGAAGUUAAUUGCAUAAAAGUUCAACAAUUAUGGUCACAUAUAAAGAGUUGCAAAUCUGAUAAAUGUGCAUUUCCGCGUUGCAUUGGUACCAAGAAACUUUAUCAACAUUACACUUCCUGCCGAAAAACUGAUUGUCCUGUGUGCAAACCAGUACGGGCUUUUUUGCAACGCGCGGCACGCUCUCGCUCUGGGUUGGUUGACCAGAUGAGCAACUCUCAGAGACCUAUCAAUGCAACUGAUGUGGAUAGAGUGAUAUUGAAGGUUAGCAGUCCAUUAGUUGAAGCAUCCAAACCUUGUGCCGAUCCACACUCGUUACCAAAACGCAUGAAAAUGGAACAUACACCCCCUGUGCUUGUUCCUAAGAGUGAAGCAUCUCCUGUUUAUAUUCAGCUCCAAACAGGUGUUUCUGAGGAUGUACAAUUCCAGGGGCACCAAGAGGCUGACCCUGCAAUUGCAGUUAAUUCUGAGAUUGCCAAAGUGAAUAUAAGCACAUCCAUGAGUCCAGGCAAUGGCAAUCCACCAGUUCCCAGCAAAGUGACACAUGGUUCUUUGUUGGAGAAUGUGCAUAAGACUCAAUCUGAGCUAGAAUCUGCUAGUUCACAUGACAUUGAUGGUCACAAACUGCAGGAAACUAUCCAUGAUAAUAAAGAGCUUGAUCAGGGUAAGAUUGAGCAAAAAUACGAAUCAAAUGGCUCCCUAACUGAUUGUACCGCUGGAAGUAAAUCAGGUAAGCCAAAGAUUAAAGGUGUUUCCUUAACUGAGCUGUUCACCCCAGAACAAGUGAGGGAGCACAUCAUUGGUCUUAGGCAGUGGGUUGGUCAGAGCAAGGCAAAGGCUGAGAAGAAUCAAGCUAUGGAGCACUCAAUGAGCGAGAACUCAUGCCAGCUGUGUGCUGUGGAAAAGCUCACUUUUGAACCGCCUCCGAUAUAUUGUUCAUCAUGUGGUGCUCGCAUUAAACGGAAUGCUACAUAUUAUACUGUGGGAACAGGUGAUAGUCGGCAUUAUUUUUGUAUUCCAUGCUACAAUGAAGCCCGAGGUGACACUAUUGAGGUGGAUGGUUCAACAUUUCCCAAGUCAAGACUUGAUAAAAAGAGAAAUGAUGAGGAAACAGAAGAAUGGUGGGUCCAAUGUGAUAAAUGUGAAGCAUGGCAACAUCAAAUAUGUGCUCUUUUCAAUGGCCGGCGAAAUGAUGGAGGUCAAGCAGAAUACACAUGCCCUCACUGUUACAUCGGAGAGGUAGAAAGAGGAGAGCGCAUGCCUUUGCCACAGAAUGCUGUUCUUGGAGCAAAAGAUCUGCCAAGAACACUACUCAGUGAUCGCAUAGAGCAGCGGCUUUUUAGACGUCUGAAGCAAGAGAGACAAGAGCGAGCAAGGCAUCUUGGGAAAAGUUUUGACGAGGUACCUGGGGCAGAGGCACUUGUUGUUAGAGUGGUAUCAUCUGUGGAUAAGAAAUUAGAAGUGAAGCAGCGCUUCUUGGAAAUUUUCCAAGAGGAGAAUUAUCCAACAGAAUUCCCAUACAAAUCUAAGGUUGUAUUGUUGUUUCAGAAGAUCGAAGGUGUUGAAGUAUGCCUUUUUGGCAUGUAUGUCCAGGAGUUUGGUUCUGAAUGCCAAUUUCCAAACCAACGACGUGUUUAUCUUUCAUAUCUGGAUUCUGUGAAAUACUUCAGACCUGAAAUAAAAGCAGUGACAGGGGAAGCUCUCAGAACUUUUGUUUAUCAUGAAAUCCUGAUUGGAUAUCUUGAAUAUUGCAAGAAACGGGGUUUCACCAGCUGCUAUAUAUGGGCGUGCCCUCCACUGAAGGGUGAAGAUUAUAUCCUAUAUUGCCAUCCUGAGAUUCAAAAGACACCUAAGUCUGACAAACUUCGCGAGUGGUACUUAUCAAUGCUUCGGAAAGCUUCCAAGGAAAAUAUUGUUGCUGAUCUAACUAAUUUAUACGAUCAUUUCUUUGUUAACAUGGGUGAAUGCAAGGCAAAGGUAACUGCUGCACGUUUGCCAUAUUUUGAUGGAGAUUAUUGGCCAGGUGCUGCUGAAGAUAUGAUCAACCAACUUCGGCAAGAAGAGGAUGGUAGAAAGCAGCAGAAGAAAGGCAAAACCAAGAAAAUAAUCUCAAAAAGGGCUUUGAAAGCUGCCGGUCAAGCUGAUCUUUCUGGCAAUGCUUCUAAGGAUGCACUCUUGAUGCAAAAACUUGGUGAAACCAUAUAUCCAAUGAAGGAGGAUUUUAUCAUGGUCCAUUUGCAGCAUGCUUGCACACACUGUUGUUUACUCAUGAUCUCUGGGACACGUUGGGUUUGCAAUCAAUGCAAAAACUUCCAGCUUUGUGACAAAUGUCAUGAUGGAGAACAAAGACUUGAAGAGAGGGAAAGGCAUCCCAUCAAUAGUAGAGAGACACACAUGCUGUAUCCGGUGGAAAUAAAUGAUGUGCCCUCAGAUACUAAAGAUAAGGAUGAGAUUCUAGAAAGUGAGUUUUUUGACACCAGGCAGGCGUUCCUUAGCCUUUGUCAAGGAAAUCACUACCAAUAUGAUACUCUUCGCCGUGCAAAGCACUCCUCAAUGAUGGUCUUGUACCACCUCCACAAUCCAACUGCACCUGCCUUUGUGACAACAUGCAAUGUCUGUCAUCAAGAUAUUGAAACUGGUCAAGGUUGGCGGUGCGAAAUUUGCCCAGACUUUGAUGUAUGCAAUGCAUGCAAUCAGAAAAAUGGUGGUGUUGAUCAUCCGCAUAAAUUGACAAAUCAUCCUUCCAUGGCUGAUCGUGAUGCACAAAAUAAAGAAGCUCGGCAGAAAAGGGUGUUGCAGCUGAGGAAAAUGCUAGAUCUUCUGGUACAUGCCUCUCAAUGCCGCUUUUCCAAUUGUCAAUAUCCUAAUUGCCGGAAGGUUAAAGGUCUCUUCCGCCAUGGCAUUCAAUGCAAAAAACGUGUUGUCGGAGGUUGCCCUCUUUGUAAAAAGGUGUGGUACCUUCUUCAGCUGCAUGCCCGAGCUUGCAAAGAAUCAGAAUGUCAUGUACCCCGUUGCAAGGACUUGAAAGAGCAUUUGAAAAGGUUGCAGCAACAGUCUGAUUCUCGCCGCAGGGCUGCAGUGAUGGAGAUGAUGAGGCAGCGGGCUGCUGAAGUUGCCGGGAACACUGAUUAACUAGCUGCUGUACAGCUGGGGACACCCUUUUUCUUCUCACGUGUUGAAUGGAAGGAGGCAAUUACAUGAAUCAAAUCACCUAAUGAAACUAGAUUUACUGGAAGAGACUAAGUGUGAGUUGAGAGCCAGACAGGAUUGGCAUUGGUUAAGCUGGCAAGCAAUUACUGGUUUUCUGGGAAUUGGAUGAAGUUGUCAACAAGACACCUCUUUGAUACUAACCAAUUUUUCAUGGAUCGCCGUAGAAGUUAUGGCUACUCUUCAGCCUUUUGACUUAGAAGAAAGGUGAUUCUUUAAUUUGUGUCUGGGACGGUGUCGCUUUUCAGCUGCCAGAAGAAGAGGAGCCAUGGGGCAUGGGGUGUUGCUGUUGUACUAUAAAUGUCCUAAUUUGUCAAUUAUUAGAGGAAAUCAGUUAUUCAUCUCUUUCCUUUUUCUUCUUCUUUUUUUAUUUUUAAAUAGUUUUUAGUUUUUACCAAAAUAUUUUUUGUCCUUUGGAGCGUGGAAUGUGUCGCCUUAGCACCUGCCCGCCAGUCAGUCUGGUGUCCGUUUUGUAAAAUUUCAUGAAUCUGUCGAUGAAAGGAAUAAGUAGGCAGUCUUUUGAUGAAGUAUUUGAAUUUUGUUUGCCUCUUUUGCGCUUACUGCUUUGAGGGCCAUGCUUUGUGUAUUUGAUUUUUGCCGGAUGCUCUCAUAUGCAUUCCUCUCAUUCGUGUGAACAAGACGGCUGUGCAUGCAUGAUUUCUUUGAGCAAGUGCACAACUGAACUCGAAUGUGUAAAUAAUAUCAUGAGUGGUUAUUGUA